AUGUAUUCCUUAUAUCAAAUCCAGACAAAAAGUGGAGUGCACAAAAAUCAGAAAUUAACAGCUGCGAAGGCCCCUCCAGCCAAGAUAGUACAAUUAGAAUGCACAAAAUCCAAUUUAGAAGUGGUCAUUGUUUGCAGCCUGAAGAAUUGGAAGUUGGAUUCUGCAGCUACUAAAAUAGUUUCUGGCUAUACGCCACACAUCCCAAAAGAUAGGACGGGGACAAGAAUGAUACGUAUUUACAUAUAUACACUUCCAUUGUUGGCUAGGAGAAAAGUUCUAUUCAAGUUGGUUUGGCAGAGUCAUCAUGAGUCUGAAAGAUGUGCCACAGAAUCUUCCAACCACUAUAACAAUUCCAAUCUUGCUCCUCAACAAUACAUGUUAGAAACUUGA